AUGCGUAUUAUAGAGAGAAAAGAUCUCCCUAAACCUCCACACACUAUCGUGCGGCGGCUCCGGCUCAACAGCAAGCCAUUUGCGGGUUUGGAGGACCUUCCAUGCGAACUCCUUCUUUCCAUCGUGUCCGAUUUCUAUGAAAUUGACGAGGAGAGCUGGUUGACUGCUCGGGUGUUGUCUGCACUAUCGAGACGACUACGUCGAUUUUUCGGUCCUCUCGCGUCCAAAAGCCUGGUCGCAAUCGGAUAUCAGCAGGCAGACAGGCUGAGGCAUUCUAUCAAGGUUGGAGAUGUUCAGAGGAAACCAAUCAGACAUCUUACAGUAUUGCAAAAGUAUAUCCACCCGAUUAGAUCCUUUCUUGGAGACGAUGAAGUCGUUCCAAUUGUGAAUAAGCUUCACAAUCUCACAUCUCUCACACUCUCAAACGUCUUUGUCGGCGAUCUCCUUAUCAAUGCCCUCAGCAAGCUUCCACGCUUGGAAAGUCUAGAGUAUGACGUGCAUUAUCCAUGA